GUCUAAACAUAGACCAGUUUCUGGCUAGUUGGUUGGUUUAUCUGACAACCUCUGAGCUGUGAAUCUCAGACUUGGGAGUUUGAAACGGAUAGAGAAAGUGUGUUUGGGGAGAGAGAAAAAGUCUUCACCCUAGGAAAGUGUCUGUAGUUGUUCAUUUUAUUGGGUUUGGGUUUUUAAUUUCCGGUUCUGGGGGUGAAAGAUCUUUUGGGAUGGCAACAUUUGCAGGGACUACCCAGAAGUGCAAGGCAUGUGAGAAAACAGUAUACUUGGUUGAACAGCUUACUACUGAUAACAAGGUGUACCACAAGGCCUGCUUCAGAUGCCACCACUGCAAGGGUACCCUUAAGUUAAGUAAUUAUUCCUCCUUUGAGGGCGUUUUAUAUUGCAAGCCUCACUUUGAUCAACUGUUUAAGAUGACUGGCAGCUUGGAUAAAAGUUUUGAAGGUACCCCAAAAACUGUUAGAGUUGACAGAUCUGCUAAUCAGGUCCAGACUAACAGCAGAGUUUCAAGUUUGUUUGGUGGAACCAAAGAAAAGUGCAUUGCAUGCAAUAAAACUGUAUACCCAAUUGAAAAGGUGGCAGUUGAUGGUUCAGCAUACCAUAAGGCUUGUUUCAGGUGCACUCAUGGAGGCUGUGUGAUCAGCCCAUCAAACUAUGUAGCCCACGAGCAUCGUCUCUAUUGCAAGCACCACCACAGCCAACUAUUCAAGGCGAAAGGCAACUUCAGCCAACUUGACAGGCGUGAAGAAGUUACAGUGGUCAGUCAGAAACUCCCCCCACUAGAUACGCAAGAAGAAAAAGUGGUAUCCGAAAAUGCAGCGUCAGAAUAGUAAUAUGAGAAUUUCAUGGUAUAAUAUGAUAUCACUCGGAUGGUGGAUUUCUCAGCAAGAGUUGGAAGCAAUUGUUAUUGCAUACGAGAAUCUUUGGUUUUUUUAUAUAUAAAUAUGUAUUUAUAACUGUUAAUCCGGUAUAGAUAUUUAUUUGGUAGAAGAGUGAGCAUGUUGCUGAUAUUUUGAGUGUGAGAUUGAAAGGGAUAAUAUAUUAGAGUUGGUGUUCAUUUCUUUUAAUAAACAAUGUGGCAAGCCCAGUUUUCCUGUUUUCCA